AUGAAUGAAAGCAGUGAAAAGCUCAACAGUUCUCUCAUUCUUCCUUUCAGUAAGGACUAUGAGUUCUGUUCAAAUGGUGUUUAUUUCUAUUGUGGAAAGAUGGGGUCAGGUAAGACAUUUAACCUCAUUCGUCAUAUACUCAUAACAGAGCGUUUAGGUCAAGAACACGCUAAAGGCGUGUUGAGCUCCGAAGGAGCGAAUUCAUAUUAUGACCAAAUCAUUAUAUCAGCAACUUCAGACUCUAUGGACUCAACAGCGAAAACAUUUAUGUCAAAAGUUCAAGCCUCUGUCGUUAAAGUUCCAGAUAGCGAACUCAUUGAAUUUCUUCAACGUUACAUUCGACGUAAGAGGAAAUAUUAUGCCAUCGUUGAAUUUAUACAGUCAGGAAUGCAAAAGACUUCUGAGGAGAUGGAAAGAAUUAUUGA